AUUGAUAACAUAAUAUUUUUAUCGCGUUCACUAUGUAUUAAUAAAAAUUUGUUAUAAUUUUAAAUAAACGUUUUGGUAUUAAUUAAAUCGGUACAUGUUUAAAACUUCAAAUCAGUGAUUUUAUUUAAGAUGCAUGAUUCGCUUAUGGUUCAUGGAGUUGGCGGAAUUCCGGAUAAAUCUUGGAAACCGAAAUUUGGAAUAAUUGAAACUUCAAUGGGUCACAUAACUAUUGAGCUGUAUUGGGAUCAUGCUCCAGAAACCUGUCGUAAUUUUGCAGAAUUGUUAAGACGCGGGUAUUACAAUAAUACAAAAUUUCAUAGAAUUAUUCGUAAUUUUAUGAUUCAAGGUGGUGAUCCCACUGGAACUGGUAGGGGUGGAACAUCUAUUUAUGGAACACAAUUUGAUGAUGAAAUACAUGAAGACCUCAGACAUACAGGAGCUGGAAUUUUAUCUAUGGCAAAUUCAGGACCUAACACAAAUGGAUCACAGUUUUUCAUCACCUUAGCCCCUACUCAAUGGCUUGAUAAAAAACAUACAAUAUUUGGGCGUAUUCAUUCUGGUAUGAAUGUAGUCAAAAAGAUGGGUAUGGUAGAAACAGAUAAAAAUGAUAGGCCAGUUGAUGAUGUUAAAAUCCUAAAAGGUGGUGUACAAAUGUUAUAAUCAAAGUAUAAUCUAAUAAUGUGUAAUUUUAAUAAUGAUUUUUUUUAAAUAAAGUUUUCAGUCAUUUUUUAA